AUGGGCGUCGACUACCUUGAAGCCAGAGAUACACGACAAGACUCCACGGCGCAGCCAAUGCAACCAUCGCAGCCUGCGGAAUCAAUGUCACGAUCGCGAGAGUCUGCGCCUAGUCCGCAAUCAAUAUCACAGUCACCAUGGCGAGAGUCUGCACCUAGGCCGCAAUCAAUGUCACGAUCGCGAGAGUCUGCACCCAAUCCGCAACCGGACCGAUCUCCAAGCGAUGAUACUCCACAGUCUCCAAUACUGGACCAAUCCGAGAGCGAGGAAAUUCCACAGUCCCCAAUAUUGUUCAUAGAGGAGGAGAGUUCAAGCCCGCUGGCUACUGGCGAAAGAUCACAGCAGAAUACAUCCAAGCAAUCCCGAGCAGCCGGAGAAGCACAUCCUGAUUCAUCCAAUCAAUCCCAACCAGUCGAGACUGUCCCGCGACAGUCGUUCGAUGCAUCCAGCGCGGUUGAAGAUGCCCUUGAUCCACACGCACCCGACCACCCUGUACACGGAGAGCUCAACCUUGUCUUAGCCCUGGGGGCAGAUGCGCCAGUGCUUUACCCGCCUCAAUCCAUCGGGUCGUUCAGCAGUGGAGGAAUCACGAGUUCAAAUGAAUCCACUUACAGGCAUGUUAGAAGAUGGCAGCUGGACAGCGUGCUCAGCACAAGACAAGAGACUCUUACACGCUCAGUCCAGUGUCCGCAGCUCCUUGAAACCCAUCGCGAUGCUGUGGUAUGGUUUGAUUCGCAGUCUACAAUGCUCGAUCGAAGUCUGGCCGAUCAUUCAGCCGGUAAGCUCCUCGAAGAUACAGGUCUUGCAACACCGAACCAGGAGCCGCCCCAUCCAGCCGUCAAAGUGGACCUGUUCCCGGACAUAUUCUCGAGGACAGAGGUAGGCGACUCAGUCACCGCCGUCGGUGAUGACGACCUCGAAAUGUCGGACUUUCGAAGCGAGACACCCGCUUCGACAGCUCGGCAAACACCAGGAUGGUCUCAGAGAUAUCAAGAGCAAUCUCCAGCCGGAACGUCAACGCUCGGGCGGCCGGUUCGAUCAGGUUCAUGGGCCGGUGUCUCUCCCGCCGGGACGUUGACCUACCAGAGUUCCGUCCAAGGGGCCUCAGUGAACGAUGCGUCUUCAGUGAACUCGGACAGGCCACGGAGGACGCCACGGAGCAUAUUCCCGGCCGCCUAUCGGACAGAAGCACGACAUGCUCUUAUUUUGCCCGAGAAGCCGCCGGCUCUUGGUCUCACACCAACUUCGCCAUUGUCAUCCAUGCUGGAGGCUCUCGAAAUUGAUACCAGGGCCGGCAACGCGGGCACACCUCCACCAGUGCAGAAGCCAGACGCAAAUACUCUGGCGUGUUCAAUGUCAGAUGCCAGUUCUGGAAUGCCUCGCAUGGACUCGCCGCAACGCGGGCUUGCGGACUUGGAUUCAACUAUCUUCAGAUCCGAAUGGGAACGAUACAGCGAACAGUUCAAGGCAGGCCAUUCCGCAGCCGUUCCUUCGCGAGAAUCUCCUUUGUCGGAAGGGUUGACACUGCCGCCCUUGAACCUGCCAGAUGUGGCCUGUGCCGCGCCGUCGAGUCUAUCAUCGAGAACACUACCGCCGUUGAACCUGCCAUAUGUGGCCAGCACAACACCGUCGACUCUACCAUUGAGAACACUAAAAGACCAGCCAAAGCAACGCUUGCCUCCUCUCCACCAGGCUUUGCUUUCUUCAAGGCUUUGUGGGGAACGGCACAAAUGUCCACACGCUCAACGGCCUCAACUGGCAGACGUCGAAAACAAGCAGGAAACUUCCAAGAGGUAUUCGAGCCUAUUCGCGUCAGGCUCGGUUCCCACCGACCCAUUAUCACACUUCGACUUCUAG